CCGGCACGAAUGGCAGCCAACUUCACGCUGGUCUAAAGCGCGGCGGCGGCGAGCGAUCACACCUCGUCUAAAAUCUGGCCUGCACUGCAGCAGCAAAUUUCGCUCUCUUUGCCCGACAUUUGUCAGAAAAACUGAAAAGCAGCCCCCGGCAACGAUGAACGCGGAAAAGUUGAAGAAACUGCAGGCCCAGGCCGCGGAAGUCCGCAUCGGCGGCAAGGGCAUGCCCCGCCGCAAGAAGAAGAUUGUCCACACGAACUCGGCCGUGGACGACAAGAAGCUGCAGCUGUCGCUGAAGAAGCUCGGCGUGAACACGAUCCCCGGCAUCGAGGAGGUCAACAUGAUCAAGAACGACGGCACCGUAAUUCACUUCAACAACCCGAAGACGCAGGCCUCGCUCGCGACCAACACAUUCGCCAUCACCGGCCACAGCGAGACGAAGCAGAUUACGGAAAUGCUGCCGAGCAUCAUCUCCCAGCUGGGUCCGGAGGGUUUGAGCCAGCUGAAGAAGCUGGCCAGCGCCGCCGUGGCCGAGGACGACGAUGACGUGCCGGAGCUGACGGAAAACUUCGAGGAAGCGUCCAAGAAGGAGGUGGAAAAUAUUACGCAGAAGGUGCAGGAGAUUCCGGUUUCAUAAAUUGACCCGCCCGCCCCUUUUCUCUCCUGCUUGGCCCCUUCCCCCCGCAGCCCUCCUCCUUUUCCUUCUGACUGACUGGGGCCCGCAAAACGAACCCCCGAGUAACAUCUCUCCGCCACACCGUGGUUCCGUGGUUCUUCUGUGCGUGCGUGUGUGCGCCAAUGGUUCCGGACCACCACCAUCACCUUCUCAACAAAAGCAAGCCCCACUACAAGCCAAGUGCCGGGUUCUGGCUGUGAAUCCGGCGCUGGUGUGGAAGGGGGGAAAAUCAAUAGCAAGCAGCAAGAAGAAAACGAAAUUGUAACCUUCGAACAACAACAUCAACAACAACAACGCUCUGUGACUUGUAAAUAACAAAGAGUUGGUUUAAAAUGGAAGAAAAACAAUUCUGGAAAGGAAUUCAAAUGGAAAUUGAAGAACGAUGGAAUAACGACAGCAGAACAAAAGGAAGAUCUUCGUUACUAAAAAACACACACACACAUUUUAAUAAACAAUAAAUUGAAUAAAGAGUAGAUUUAAGGAAACAUAAGGAAUCCAAAACAGAAGAACAA